AUGUUCGUCAAAUCCGAGAGCGCGGAGUUGAAGGAGGAGGAGGACGUGUUGGUGUUGCUCGGCUCAGCCUCCCCAGCCUCGGUCACCCUGACCCCACUGUCCUCCAGCGCCGGCGAGGAAGAAGAGGAGGAGGACGACGACGAGGAGCCGGGCGCACCGGGGAGGGCGCCGGCGAAACUCGGAGCUGAGGCCGGGCCGGGGGCGCGGGGCCGGGCCGUCGCGGGGGCCGGGGUUUGUCGUCCCACGCCAUUAUUGGGUCUGGUCCAUGAGUGCAAACGGCGGCCGUCCCGGGCACGGGCCGUCACCCGCGGUGCCAAAACGGCCGAGACGGUGCAGCGCAUCAAGAAGAGCCGGAGAUUAAAAGCCAACAACCGCGAGCGCAACCGCAUGCACAACCUGAACGCGGCGCUGGACGCGCUGCGCGAGGUGCUGCCCACCUUCCCCGAGGACGCCAAGCUCACCAAGAUCGAGACCCUGCGCUUCGCCCACAACUACAUCUGGGCGCUCACCGAGACCCUGCGGCUGGCGGAUCACUGCGGGGCCGGCGCCAUCUCCUUCUCCGAGGCGGUGCUGCUGAGCCCCGGGGGCGCCAGCGGGGACAGCCCUUCGCCCGCUCCCACGUGGAGUUGUACCCACAGCCCCGCGUCGCUGGCCUCGCCCUCCUCCUCCUCCUCGUCGCCCGCGUCCUCCAGCUCCACGUCCCCCUACAGCUGCACUUUAUCGCCCGCCAGCCCCGCGGGCUCCGACGUGGACUAUUGGCAGACUCCACCUCUCGCCUUCCCGUAG